AUGGACGAACAGACUUGGCUUAUCCUGGAAAACAAGGUUAGAGUUUUAAUUAAAGAUUUAAUUGACCCGACACUGAGAAGAGUAAUGGAGCAUAAAGACCAAAUAUCGUCAUUAGAAAAUAAACAAGAAUUAACGGCAGCCAUGCUAGGUGAUACCAACAUUUCACUCACCAAGCUAAGGAAUAGGUUAACUCUUUUAGACGAUUACUCAAAAAAGCUUAUGGAGUUUGAUGCAACAUUAAAAUUGAUGGAAACAAAAUUCGAUAAAGAUAGAGAAGAAAUAAUUAAUCAUCUCGGAGAAUUUCAAAUGAAAUUGAUCAGCUUUGAUGAAGUUUUAAGCAAAAUCUCGAACAGGCAAGAUGUGCAAAAAAUAGACAUACAAAAACUAGCUCAUGAUCAUUUAAUGAUGAAAACAAAUUUCGAAGAAACUAUUAAAAUGCACAGAGAAGAUUCUAUUAAAAAAUUUGAAGCGAUUGAGGAUGAUAUAAGAAAAAUCGAAGAAUUUGACAAAGAGUCUGAAUUUAUGAUUAAGAAAAUAAAAGAAGAUAUACAGAAUUUAUCACUAGAAAGCAAAAAUAAUGAAAGAAUGAUAAAUGACUUGAAUCAACUAAUUGCAAAAAUCAAAAAAAAUCUGAGUAUUUAUAAAAAGGACAACUAUGACAAAAUUGAAAAAAUUAGGACAAAUAUUUCGAAAAAUUCUGCUGAUUUAAUGAAAAUUUCGAAAGAUAUUAACGUGCAUUUAUCUGGAGAAUUUUUAGUUAAAUUAGAUUUAAGAACAAUUGAAACGUUAUAUGGGGUUUCUAAUGAUCUUAAACAGAAAAAAAGUGUAGCGGAUUGAGCAAUUAAAAAAUUUGAAGAAAUAGACUCUGGCAAAUUGCCAGAGGAUAUAAAAGAGUGCUUCGAAAAAAACAAAAAAUAUACCGAAGAAAUCAUCCAAAUUCCACUUCCUCCUGAGCCUGUGCACUAUUCUCGUAAAAAGAAAAAAUAUUCUUCAUCAUCUGAUAGUGAAGACUCGGAAAUUGAGAGUUCAAAUACUGAGCAGUCUCAAGAAUCAAUUAUAAGGCAAGGCUAUUAUAAUAGCAAUCAAAAAAUAUACAAAAUUACACACACUAGAAGCAUUGCUACUUACCGAUCAAACAGUUUUCCUAUUUCCAUUUCCUUUCAAUGAGCCUUUCUGAAAUAAAUAGAGCACGAGCUAACCAGUAAAUUUUUUCAGAUAUGUAAAAAAAGUAUAUAUGAAGAUGGAUUAAGAAGAAGUUCUCAAGACAGACAAAGCAGCUACACUGAAUCGGUUAGGACCAGCCAAAACUAUUCAAGUGUUAAUAAUUCAUAUGCAGAAUCGAUAAAUAAAAGCAUAACUUUGGCUGAUAAACAAAGAACUAUAGAAGAGCCUAUAAAACAAAACCAGGUUGCGUCUAUUAAAACUUCAUAUCCAAAUACACCAAGAACUUCCACAGCGUUCACAAGACCUAUAGAAAUUUUAAGAAAUCAAGAAAAUCCAUUAAAUGCUCUAAAUAAAUCUAUUGAUUACUCUAUAAAUACACCAAAGCCUAGCAAUGAGCCAAAAACUAACUAUCAAGAACCUAUUAACAUUUCUAAAAGAAAGAAAUCAAAAAAACUCCGCAAAGAAAUAAGAGAAAUUGCUCCACAAAUUAUUAUGCCAGAUUUAUCAGGAAUUGAGCAAAAAAUUGAAGAGCAAAAAGUUGAGUAUCAAAGCCUUAUAGAAGCCUCAAAAACAGAAAUUCUCUCAAUAAUUUCCUCAAAUCAAGCUGAUUACACAAAAGAUCGAAUAACCGAUGCAGAAAACCUCAAAGUUCUGCUGAAAUCUCUUGAAGAUACUACUGCAACUCAAUUCAAUAAAAUUGUCCAAGAUAACGAACAAAAAUCAGCCGAUCUAGUGCUUCAUACAAAAGAUUUAGAAUUCAAAUUCCUCCAAGCAAUAAACGAUUACAACUUAAUGGCAACUCAAAGGAAACGAGACCUGUCUGACAUUUCUGCAGAGUUCAGACAGAUUAAUACCUCAAUAGAAAAUAUCAGUAAUAUUUUGACCUCAACGACUAUAUCUAUAGACUCCAUGAAAAGUUCUAUUGAUAAUUUAAUUGAUUUUUCUAUAAUUUCAAGCGUAUUAACUACACAAGAUGAAAUUGAUAGAGAAUCAAUAUUCCUUAUGGGCUAUAAAGAGCCAAAAGCGAAAUUUUCAGGGACUCCUCGUAGUUCUGCUUCGCAGACUCCUCGAAAUGUAGUGAAUAUAGACAAAACUUGUCUAUCAUGUACUGGACAGUCUUCAAUUGUACUAUCUGCCUUCAAAAUGGCUUGCUUAACAUAUACUCCCAGUCCUGUGAUUUUUAGACAACAACUAUUUACAAGAAAGGAGUUAAUAGAAACACAAAGUAAAAUUUUGUCUGGUCUAAGGAAUGAAAACAAAAAACCUGUUUUGGGAGGAAUUUUGGAAGAGAUAAAACAGUCUAGAUCAAAAACAUGCCAAACAUCAUCACCAAGAAGGAGAAGACCUUUGUCUGUUCCUGGCAGUUCUCUAGAUAUGACAUCACCAAGUGAUAUAACCAGUCCUGAGUCGAUAGAAUUGCCAAUGCUGUCAAAAAGGACUCAAAAUUCUUAA